CACACCACAAAUCGAAGAUCUUGAUCACGCCAAAGUAAAGUUAUAACUUACUCCGACGAAAGCAAAAUGGUUGGAGCAACGAGACAAAGAUCAGCUAUAACAAUGAAUACGCGUUUGCAGCGAAAUACUAAAGGCAGCACGGCAAAAAAUGCUAGAGCUGGUAUGGUAAAUAAAGGAACAAGCCUGGAUGAAAACGCUCUUGUAACAAACCUGAAAUCAAAGGUCGCUGAAAAAACAAAACGUGCCAAUGAAAGCUCGCCUAAAGAAGCUCCUGCAAAGAAAAGAUCUGUCUUUGGAGACUUGACAAAUGCAAGCUUGAAACAGCAAUUUUUUGAUGGAAAGAAGUCUUUGCAAGAACUGAAAAAACCUACAGAAAAUUUAACAGCCAAAACAGGAAUCGGUAGAAGGACAAGGAGCCAAGAAAAUAAGCCAACAAAUCUCCCUCAGUUGUCUGAAAUAUUUGAAGACUCUUUGGAGUGUCUUAAAGACAAAUCUGUUAACUCCAGUAGCUUUGAAAAUAUAUCAGUUUGUAGCUUAUUAUCAGAAAGUGAGAUAUGCAAGCUAAGUUCAGAUGGCCUUACAUCUUCUCAGUCAACAACAUCAAGUCGAAAUGUAUCAAUUGACGAGAAAGAUAUACCUGAAAUAGAAAAAGAUGAGGCUGCUGCUACUGAGGAGUUUGUCAUCCUUGAAGUAGAAAAAAACCUUCCUGAAGGAGUUAGAGAUGUUGACACCGAUCCAGAUCCUUUUAGUGUUUCUGAAUAUGCAGAAUCCAUUUUCAAGAAUAUGAAAGCUAAGGAGAAAUCAUUCAUUGUAAAAAAGUACAUGGAGGGAAGAGAUGAACUGACACCUGGAAUGAGAGGAAUUUUAAUUGAUUGGUUAGUGGAAGUUCAAGAGAAUUUUGAGCUGUAUCACGAAACUCUCUACCUGGCAGUCAGAAUUGUUGACUUAUAUCUGCAAUCAAAGGUUAUUUCUAAACAGAAUCUACAAUUAGUUGGUGCCACAGCAAUGCUCAUUUCUGCAAAGAUUGAGGAAAGAUAUCCUCCACCCCUUGACGACUUUGUAUUCAUUUGUGAUGAUGCAUACAAAUCUGGUGACUUCAUCAAAACUGAGUUGGAUAUUCUAAAGAUUUUAAACUUUGAGCUUGGCAUCCCAAUUUCAUAUAGGUUCCUGAGGAGAUUUUCAAGGGUUGCUGGUGCUGACAUGAUAACCUUGACACUGGCAAGGUACAUAUUGGAAACAUCACUUUUGCACUAUGAAUAUGUUGACUGUUCUCAGUCCAAAAUUGCUGCUGCUGCUUUGAAUCUAGCUUUUAGAAUGAAGAACAAUGGUGUAUGGGACAAAACUCUGGAGUACCACAGUGGAUACAGGGAAGCAGAUCUCAUAGAAUUAGUAAAAGACUUGAACAAAAAAAUCAGAGAAUCACCAAAAUCAAAUCUAACAACAGUACAUUCUAAGUAUUCACAUCCAGUGUUUUCAGAAGUAGCAAAAAUCCCAAAGAUUACGAUUGAUGUGUGAUUUUUUUAAUGAUGCAGAGUUUUUUGUGAAUAAGCAGUCAAAGAUCUCUUUGGCACAAACUUUUUGACAUUAAAACUUGUAUAUGUAUGUCUAAUCCUUGUAUAUUUUUAACUUGAUCAUAUUUUUACUAAGCUUUUAUUGUAGAGAUUAUUUGUAUUAUUUUACAUGAAUUUAAUUUGUUGAAAAGAAUAUCUUUUAAUAAUAAA